AUGGUGUACAUUCGGCAGCGAAAUCUGAAAAAGCUCCACGAGUACAAAUAUUCUGGAGUCGACAAGUCCCUGGUUUCACGAUAUAUCCUGAAGCCAUUCUAUACCAAUGUUGUCAUCAAGUGCUUUCCGAUGUCCAUGGCGCCCAAUCUUAUAACCCUUACCGGCUUCAGCUUCGUCGUCAUCAACGUCCUGACGCUGCUAUGGUACAAUCCAACACUUGACACCGAUUGUCCUCCGUGGGUGUACUUGACAUGGUCCAUUGGUCUGUUCCUCUACCAAACCUUCGAUGCAGUCGAUGGCAGCCAAGCUCGCAGAACACACCAGAGCGGUCCUUUGGGUGAACUGUUCGACCAUGGUGUGGAUGCGUGUAAUACCAGUCUUGAGGUUCUUGUCUUCGCGGCUUCUAUGAAUCUGGGACAGUCCUGGAACACGGUCCUCACACUCUUCGGCACAAUCCUGACUUUCUACAUCCAGACCUGGGAGGAGUAUCACACUCAUACCCUGAUGUUGGGAAUCGUCUCUGGCCCUGUGGAAGGAAUCCUGACUUUGGUUAUUGUCUAUUUCGUCACCUACCUCAAAGGUGGUGCAAGCUAUUGGCAACAACCCAUGCUGCCAUCGCUUGGGCUUCCGAAGAGCGACCUGAUCCCACCUUCCCUAUACCAGAUGGCAUGGAACGAAUGGUAUAUGCUCUAUGGUGGUUUGGUCCUGGUCUUCAACACCGCCAGCAGCAUAAAGAACGUCAUCGAUGCUCGACGAUCGAGAGGUGAAGAUCCCUACAGGGCACUUAGGGGUUUGCUGCCUUUCAUAGUCACCUGGCUUGUGAUUCCGGCCUACCUCUCCUUGAACCCAGUCAUCUUACACCAUCAUCUGGUUCCAUUCAUACUACUUGCAGGAAUCAUCAACGCCUAUUCUGUGGGACAGAUGAUCGUGGCGCAUUUAGUCAAGGACAGAUUCCCAUACCAGAACGUGCUGGUCUUGCCCUUGGCAUGGGCGGUCGUUGACAGCUUGGGCCCCAAACUUGGACUGUGGCCAAGUGCUUUGGGUGACAAUACCUACCAAGUGGCGUUUACUUUCCUGUCACUCGGUCUGGCGCUGGGCGUAUAUGGAAGCUUUGUCCACGACGUCAUCACUACAAUCUGUGACUACCUGGACAUCUGGUGCUUGACAAUCAAGCAUCCUUACGUGGAGACCAAACAGAAUGACGGGGCUAAGAAGGAGAAUUGA